AUGAUUGGGGGAUCUCUCUUGUUGUUAUCAGCUCUGAUUUUCUGCAAUGUGUGUACUGAGGAAAUCUUCCAGCCAAAUCUGGUGCUGGACAUGGCCAAGGUCCUUCUGGAUAAUUAUUGCUUCCCCGAAAACCUGGUGGGGAUGCAAGAUGCUAUUGAACAGGCCAUCAAGAGUGGGGAGAUCCUGGACAUCUCAGAUCCCAAAUUGUUGGCCAAUGUCUUGACAGCUGGUGUGCAAGGUGCCUUGAAUGACCCAAGGCUGGUGAUCUCCUAUGAGCCGUUGGCUCCUGUUGCUCCAAAGCAAGAAGAUGAGACUUCUUUCACUCGGGAGCAGCUCCUGGAUCUUAUCCAGCAUGUGGUCAAGCAUGAACAGCUGGGGGGAAACGUGGGCUAUCUGAGGAUCGAUCAUAUCAUCGGCCAAGAGGUUGUGCAGAAGAUUGGGGCUUUCCUGGUGGAAAAGGUGUGGAAGGCGUUGAUGGGGACCUCUGCCCUGGUACUAGACUUGCGCUACAACACUGGGGGGCAGGUCACUGGCAUCCCUUUCAUCAUCUCCUAUCUGUACGAAGCUGACAAGGUGUUGCAUGUGGACACGGUAUACCACCGGCCCUCCAACACCACCAUGGAGAUAUGGACCCUGCCCCAGGUGCUGGGUGAGAGGUAUGGCAAAGACAAAGAUGUUGUCGUGUUGAUCAGCCGGCACACCACUGGGGUGGCUGAAGAUGUGGCUUACAUCCUCAAGCACAUGCACAGAGCCAUCAUUGUGGGGGAGAGGACAGCUGGGGGCUCGCUUGAUGUCCAGAAGCUGCGGAUUGGUGCCUCCAAUUUCUACAUGACAGUGCCCGUAUCGCGGUCUGUGAGCCCUCUAAGUGGGGGUGGGCAGAGCUGGGAGGUCACUGGGGUGCUGCCAUGUGUAGCCAGCCGGAUGGAGCAGGCCCUGGAGAAGGCCCUGGCCAUCCUGUCAGUUCGCAGGGCAGUGCCUGGAAUGAUCAGCCGCCUCAUGGGCAUACUGCAGGACUAUUACACCUUGGCAGAGCGGGUGCCCGUGCUGCUGCAGCACCUCUCUGCCUUCAACUACUCCUCCAUCCAGUCUGUCGAGGACCUGGCCACCAAGCUCAACGCUGAACUGCAGGCUGUGUCUGAGGACCCACGCCUCCUGCUCCGGGUCACUGCUCCAGGUGAGGCUGCUAUCUCACCCGUGGAGGAGGAGAUCCCAGUGGCCGCUGACCUGCCCAAUAAUGAGGAGUUGCAGCGGGCCCUGGUGGACACCGUGUUCCAGGUGUCAGUGCUGCCAGGAAAUGUAGGCUACAUGCGCUUUGAUGAGUUCGCUGAUGCCUCCGUGCUGGCUAAACUUGGCCCCUACAUCGUGCACAAGGUGUGGGAGCCCCUCCAGGCCACUGAGAACCUGAUUGUGGACCUGCGCUACAAUCCUGGGGGCCCAUCCUCAGGCGCCGUGCCCCUGCUGCUCUCUUACUUCCAGGACCCCACCACCGGCCCUAUCCACCUCUUCACUACCUAUGACAGGCGCACUAACCGCACACAGGAGCACAACAGCCAGACUGGGCUACUGGGCCAGCCCUACGGGGCCCAGCGUGGCAUCUACUUGCUCAUCAGCCACCGUACAGCCACUGCCGCUGAGGAAUUUGCCUACCUCAUGCAGUCCCUGGGCCGUGCCACUCUGAUCGGUGAGAUCACAGCGGGCAGCCUCUCACACACCCGCACCUUCCCUCUGCUGCAGCCAGUGGAGGACAUCACCCAGGGCCUCACCAUCACCGUGCCUGUCAUCACCUUUGUCGACAACCAUGGAGACUGCUGGCUGGGUGGCGGUGUGGUGCCGGAUGCCAUCGUGCUGGCUGAAGAGGCACUAGAGAAGGCCAGGGAGGUGCUGGCUUUCCAUCAGGCCAUGGGAGCACUUGUGGAAAGCACUGGACAGCUAUUAGAGGCUCAUUAUGCCGUCCCAGAGGUAGCUGGGAAGGCCAGUGCCAUGUUAAGCACCAAGUGGGCCCAAGGUGGCUACCGCUCAGCUGUGGACUUGGAGACAUUGGCCUCCCAGUUCACCAAUGACCUGCAGGAGGCCUCAGGAGACCACCGGCUGCAUGUCUUCCACAGCCACGUGGAGCCCACCCCAGAGGAACAGUCCCCUAACAAGAUCCCCACUCCAGAGGAGCUGGCCUACAUCACUGAGGCCCUUUUCAAAGUUGACGUGUUGCCAGGCAACCUAGGCUACCUGCGCUUCGACAUGAUGGCUGAAGCAGAGACGAUGAAGGCCAUUGGGCCGCAGCUAGUGCGCCUGGUAUGGGACAAGCUGAUAGGCACUGACGCAAUGAUCAUCGACAUGAGGUACAACAUGGGUGGCUACUCUACCGCCGUGCCCAUCUUCAGCUCCUACUUCUUUGAGCCCGAGCCCCGGCAGCACCUCUACACUAUCUUUGACCGCAGCACCUCCCAGAGCAUUGAGGUAUGGACCCUCUCUCAAGUCACUGGCCAGAGGUACGGUUCCCUUAAGGACAUCUACAUCCUGACCAGCCACAUGAGUGGCUCAGCGGCCGAAGCCUUUGCCCACUCCAUGAAGGAUCUGCAUCGGGCCACAGUCAUUGGUGAACCCACCAUGGGCGGCUCGCUCUCAGGGGGCAUCUACCAAAUUGGCAACAGCUCUCUGUAUGCCUCCAUCCCCAGCCAGGUGGUGCUCAGCCCCCUCACUAGAAAAGUGUGGAGUGUGUCAGGGGUGGAGCCGCACAUCACCAUCCAGGCGAGCGAAGCCAUGGCUGCAGCCCAGCAGAUCGCCACCUUGCGCGCCAAGGUGCCCGGUGUGCUGCAGACGGUGGGGAAGCUGGUGGCAGACAACUACGCCUUUGCGGACGUGGGGGCUGACGUGGCAACCAAGAUCACCGCCCUCGCCUCCAGGGACACUUACAAGAUGGUUAACUCUGAAGAGGAGCUGGCCAAGAAGGUGGCAGCUGACCUACAAGCCCUGUCUGGAGACGCGCACCUGAAAAUAGCCCACAUCCCAGAGCACUCCAAGGAUCACAUCCCAGGGAUUGUGCCAAUGCAGAUCCCUUUUUCAGAAGUAUUUGAAGAUCUGAUUAAAUUUUCUUUCCGCACCAACGUAUUUGAAAACAACAUUGGCUACCUGAGAUUCGAUAUGUUUGGAGACUGCAGUCUUCUAACCCAGGUGUCUGAGCUGCUGGUGGAGCAUGUUUGGAAGAAGAUUGUUCACACAGAUGCAUUAAUCAUAGACAUGAGGUACAAUAUCGGAGGCCCCACUUCCUCCAUAGCGGCCCUGUGCUCCUACUUCUUUGAUGAAGGGCACCCAGUUCUCCUGGAUAAAGUCUACAACCGACCCAAUGACACAACAAGUGAGAUCUGGACCCAGCCGCAGCUCACAGGUGAGCGGUACGGCUCCCAGAAGGGCUUGAUCAUCCUCACCGGUGCUGUUACUGCUGGGGCAGCUGAGGAGUUUGUGUAUAUCAUGAAGAGGCUGGGCAGAGCUUUCAUCAUCGGUGAAGUGACCAGCGGCGGCUGUCACCCCCCUCAGACAUAUCAUGUGGAUGACACUGGCCUCUACAUCACCAUCCCCACCUCCAGAUCUGUGAGCUCUGCUGAUGGCACCUCCUGGGAGGGCGCAGGGGUGGCUCCACACCUGGAGGUGCCAACCGAGAUGGCUCUCAUCCAAGCAAAGGAAAUGCUCAACACGCACCUGCACAGCUCCAAAUAGACUGGCUGGCGCAGCGAGCUUACAGCAAGAGGGAUCUAGGUGGCGCUUUUCAAAGGCGCUUAAGGGGGUUAGGUGCCCAAAUCCCAUUGAUUUCCUAAUGCCCUUUGGCCCCUUUGAAAAUCUCAGCCAAGGCUCAAAGGGCGUGUGAUGCACCCAUCUAUGGUGGGGUUUGUGUGAGUGUGAUGAGUAUAGAAAAUGUAUCAUGUGCUUUGGAAAAUAACAUGUACGUUCCCCCACCUGUGUCCUGAAGAGGAGUGAGAAAUAGACGCGAGGGCCCAAUUCCCAGCUGAGUUCAUCUCCUGCCAGUCUCCUUGUUCACGUGUUCCAGCAGGACCCUUCUCCACCAGCCCUGGAA